AUGUCUGUCUUGAGAACCAUCAGCAGACCAUUACUGCGGUCUUUCAGCGCAGCCCGCGCCAGAUUUUCUCUGAAUGGUACAGGCGCUGCAUUACUCGUUUCAUUGCCAUCAGGCCAACGGACCUUCCACAAGACAGCUGCGGAAAACAGUUUACUUCCACCUAGAACACAACCAAUACGGAGAGAAGUCUCCCUCGCUAGCCAACAGCCUAUAUCAGGAACGGCUCAGCAUCUGCUGUCAUCUCUCGACACCAUAAGCACUUGGGUCCGCCAAGGCUCUCUGUGGCCGAUGACCUUCGGCCUCGCUUGUUGUGCAGUCGAAAUGAUGCAUCUAUCAACACCACGUUACGACCAAGACAGGCUGGGGAUCAUCUUCCGAGCAUCGCCACGACAGGCCGAUGGAAUGAUCGUAGCCGUGACCCUCACAAAUAAGAUGGCACCGGCAUUAGGACAGGUCUAUGAUCAAAUGCCGGAGCCCCGCUGGGUUAUUAGUAUGGGAAGUUGCGCCAACGGUGGCGGCUAUUAUCACUAUAGCUACAGUGUGGUUCGCGGGUGCGACCGUGUAGUGCCUGUAGAUAUAUACGUUCCGGGGUGCCCGCCGACGAGCGAGGCGUUGAUGUAUGGGAUUCUACAGCUACAGCGAAAGAUACGACAGACUAAUUCUGCGCGGAUGUGGUACCGGAAGUAA